CUAACAGGAUGACAGGUGACGCGGGCGCGGGAAGCCCCGCAGCCGAGUAAUCCUGUAUAUAUGGCGAAGCGCGCGCCGACAGGCACAGUACAUCACCGGCCCCAACAUGGUGUACAACUUUAAGGUGUUCAAGAAGUGCUCGCCCAACGGCAAGCUCACACUCUACAUGCCCAAGCGGGAGUUCGUCGAUCAUAUAUCUUUCGUGGAGCCCAUAGAUGGCGUGGUUGCGGUGGACGAGGAGUACGCGCGCGGGCGGCGCGUGUUUGCGCAGGUGGUGUGCACGUUCCGCUACGGACGCGAGGAGGACGAGGUGAUGGGCCUCAACUUCUACAAAGAGUUGUACCUCGCCUCCGAGCAGGUGUACCCUCCGCCCGAGAAGCUGCCUUACGAACCGUCCCGCACACAGGAUCGUCUGCUGCGCAAACUGGGGCCGAGCGCGGUACCGUUCCGGUUGUCCGUGCCGGCGGGCGCGCCCGGCUCCGUCACUCUGCAGAACGCGCUCGAGGACGAGGGCGAGCCCUGCGGCGUGCACUACUACCUCAAGCUGUUCGUGGGUGACAGCGAGAUCGACCGCUCGCACAGAAGGAGCACUGUGGCGCUGGGCAUCCGCAAGGUGCAGUUUGCGCCGAGCAAGCCUGGUCCGCAGCCCUGCACCGUCGUGCGCAAGGACUUCGUGCUCUCGCCUGGACAGCUAGAGCUCGAGCUGACGCUGGACAAGCAGCUGUACAUGCACGGCGAGACGAUCGCGGUGAAUAUCUGCGUGCGCAACCACAGUAACAAGGUGGUGAAGAAGAUCAAGGCGUGCGUGCAGCAGGCUGUGGACGUGCUGCUGCUGCAGAACGGCCAGUACCGCAACGUCGUCUGCAGCGUCGAGACGCAGGACGGGUGCCCGCUGCAGCCGGGCGCUAGUCUGCAGAAGGUGCUGGCGCUGACGCCAGCGCUGGGCACGCUGCGCGACCGCCGCGGCAUCGCGCUCGAUGCCCAGCUCAAGCGACACGACGCCACGCUGGCCUCCACCACACUGCUGCUGGAGCCUGAGCAACGCGACGCGUUCGGCAUCGUGGUGAGCUACAGUGUGAAGGCCAAGCUGUACCUCGGUGCGCUGGGCGGCGAGCUGAGUGCAGAGCUGCCCUUCAUCCUCAUGCACCCUAAGGAGGGGCGCGCGCAGUUGGUGCAGGCGGACAGCCAGGCGGACGUUGAGCUGUUCCGCCAGGACACCGUGCACCACCAGGAGAGCGUCGAGGUGUACUAGACGCCGCGCCGCGCCUCCAACCUUGCGUUCCUCUGGCCGACUUUUUGCGUCUUUUAAACAUUUUCAGGGUCGCCACAGGCCACUUUUACAAUUUAAAAGUAAUUCUUUUCACUACAAGUAUGACAAUAUUACUAAUCAAAUUAAUCUAUUAUAGGUUUAUAUACUUAUUGUGCUAACUAACCGACAUGUCAAUUUUCUAGUAAUUCUACCCAAGAAAAGUAUUUCUACAUGCAAACUUUCACCCUUGGAGACUAUUAGGGGAUGAAUUUAUAAAAUAAAUAUUUUCUUUGUAUUCGCCUUUGUAGUAAAAAUAUCCGUGUCCCUAUGAAGUGUCUGGGCCCCAGCAGUUUAGAGUGCGUUGAUAAAUCAGUGAAUGUGAGACCGGCAGCGCGGCCCUCUUGCUGCUUCCUGCUUCUAGUCGCUCGUGUUAACUUGCUUUUUCAAAGUACAUACACGUAGUGAAUACAACAAUGUUACAACAUCUAGAGAGAUGCGUUUUUAAGAACUUUUUAUUGUAUCUAAUAAUCAGAAAAAAAAAUAAUAAUCGAGCUUGAAGACAGAAUAAAAAUGCAUUUUACGUAGUUCUGGGCGA